CCAAUUUUGCUGGCAGUGCUCUUGGCGAAAACUUCGAAUUCGCAAUUUAGGGCUUCCAACUUAAAAUGGGUCACAAAAUGCAAUGGAAAUAUCCCAGAAAACCCUGUGGCCGGAGGAGAAGACUACCCAGGAGAGGUUCUCUACGUCGCACGAAUUAAAAUCGGUAACAGYCUUACUCCUGGAAAAAUGGACGUGUCGAGCAAAGUGGCGCACGCAUCAUGGGGCGGAAAAGAGUACAGUCAAAAAUGUUACGAUAUUCUURCAAACAAUGGAUGGAAGUCCUAUUUGAGAUGGAUGAAGAGUGGUUUCUAUCAUGGCAAGCCGCCACAAGGUGCUGUUGAGGGGGGUUCUGAGAGACUAGUUGGAAAGUUAUACGUGGCGAGGUUCCUUCACCCAGAUGGCCACAUGAUCCCCGGCAAAGUGUCCUAUCGUUAUCGUAAGGCUUACUUCGGCUUCAAUGGUAGAGAAAUUGCAACGCGCAACUGGUGGGUACUGGUGGAACGUCCCAACGAACGUCCAAGAAAUACCAAGAGGCGUAAACCAGGCCCGAAGCCUAAAUAAGACCAYCGAUAACACACUGAAAAUGUCCCCAUAACCGAUGGCCGAACGAAUUAUUGUAAUAAAAUGAAAGAAUGAUAAUUAAAUAAUAUGAAUCCAUGGCAACAUACGGUCUUUGUUUUUUUCUAGUUGCUCGAAAGA